AUGUCUUCAAGUUGGGAGCUCUUCAACGAGAUCGAGAUCCUUCUGGACGAAUGCCUCAAGCUGGAGACCACGACGCCUUCGCCGCUGACUCGCGCUGUCCCCAGGAUGGGGACCAGCGUCCAGCGGUCGGACGUACAGAACCGGCAUCAGGCCGAGUUCUUGGUCUCUUCACCGCCAUCACCACCAAAGGUACGGAAGGAACAGCCGACUGCCGUGCCGACCAACGCCGUACGGCUACUACCAGCCGUUGCCACACGGCCACCACCAGCCGUUGCCACACAGCCAACACCAGCCGCUGCCACACAGCCAACACCAGCCGCAGUCGCACCACCGGCACCAGCCGCCGCAUCACCGGCACCAGCCACUGCAUCACGGCCACCACCGCCGCCGCCAGCUGCCUACAGUAGACCAACGCUUCCAUCGCCGAUAAUGGUGGAAUACGCACCAGGGCAGUUCGCACCGAUACCGUACUUCUCGGCCAUCCUAGGUCCGCUGCUCGACAGCGAACAUCCGAUCCUGCGAGUGUACUCGUAG